AUGAGGGAGUUAACGAGAGUCUAUUCUUCUUUGCCGUGGAGGGUUCGUGCCCGAAGGGUUCUCUUAGUUUUAUUACCUUUAUCCCAAAUUUUCGUGUUUUUCUACUUUUUUCUUCUUCUUUUACUUUCUUUUUUCUUUCCUUUUCUUUUUAUUAUCUUCUUUCCUUUAACACUUUCGUUGCUUUAUUCCUUUUUCUUAAUUCAUUUUUUCUUUCUUUUUAUAUAUUUCUCUUUUCUUGUCUUUUUUCCUGUCAUUUUAUUUCCUUCUUAUCCUAUAUUUUUCCUUUUCUUUUCUGUAGACACUUUCUUUCUCCUUAUUUGUUUUGUUUACCUUUUAAUCUCCUUUUCUUUCCUUCAUUUCUGUCGUAAACUUACAUUUUUUUUUCUUUUUUGUUCCGAUUUCUCUUUUCUCCUUUUUUCUGUCUUCUUUCCUUCUUUUUCUUUACUUUUCCUCUUCUUUUCUUUACGUCUUCUUCUUUCCAUCUUUUCCUAUAGUUUUUUUUUUCUUUUCACGUCUGUGUUCCCUUUCCUUCUCCCGAUUUGUUUUGUUUUAGUUGGCUUUUCUUCUUUUCUUACAUUUUUCUUCUUUUUCGUUGCUGUUUCUCUUUUCUCAUUUUUUUCUGUUUUUUUUUUAUUUUUAUUUUUCUUUGCUUUUCCUUUUUCUUCUUUUCCUUUUUUUCUUUCCUUUUAUUUUAAUUUUCUUUACGUUUUUCAUCUCUUUUCCUUUCCUUUUCUCUUUCUUAAGCACUCAUCAAAUUGUUAUUUCUCAUCUUUUAAUUCUGUCUUUUGUUGGUUUUCUUUCUCACUUUCUGUUUCUUUUUCUUGUUCUUUCCUUUUCUGUUUUUUUCUCUUUUUUUUUCUCUCCUGUUACUUUUUUCUUGUCUUCUAUUUCCUUCAUUUUCCUCCUCAUUUUCUCUUAUUUUUCAUUUUGUUUUCUUUUCUUUGUUCUCUGCCCAUUUCUUCGUCGUCUUCCCUUUUCUUCCAUUUUAUGUCUUUUCUUUUUAUCUCUUUUUUCUCUCCUUUCAUGUUUUCCCUUUUUUUUUUUCUUAAUUUUUCAUUCUUUCUUCUCUUUUAUUUCCUUAUCAUUCAUUUUUCUUUCAUUUUGUUUUCUUUUCAUUUAUUUGUUCUCAUCUUUUCUCUUUUCUUUUUUUAUUAUUAUGGCUUUUUUCUCAUUUGCGAAAUCAACUGCGAACUGAGACCAUCUCAGGUGGAAGAAUCUUUACGUCUAUAUCUGCCGUAUGAGGAGAGCCCAAACCACAACUAA